GGCUGUGGCAGCCAAGCAGGAAGGGGAAAGGAAGAAGGGAGAAGGGAAAGGGAGGCCCUGCUAUUUUCUUCAGCAGGCAGGCUCUAGCUCCAAUGACAGGAGAGGCCCAGUGGUCUCUUCCCUCCCUCCCCAUGCUGGUGACACCCAGCCUGGCCACGAACACAGCCACCCCAGCCUCUCCCUCCCUCUCUGGCCCCAGCUCCUAGAGAAUUUCUCAGAAAACAGGGUGGAGGAGUUUCUCUAGCCCUUUAAACAGCUGACUGACACUUUAGCCCACACUGUUUUCUCACACUUUCUUAUAGUUGGAUUUCAGUUUUGUACUGUUGAGAACGAGGUUAUGGAUGUAGCAGAGAGUCUUGGAAUGUAGCUGAGCUGACUAUUUGGACAGGGUCGUCAUCAGUUGCGACGCUAACGGGAUGUCCCAUUUUGAACGCUCAGAGAGGGGGGGACGACAAGGUCACUGGAGGAGAAGGCAGCAUCACUGGAAUGGACCGGAUCACUUCCACAAUGACACCAGGGAUCCAGUGUUCCAGCAUUAUGAUGGUUAUGCUGGCCCUGUGGGGUUCAGGGUAGGCCCCCGGCCCUUUCCUCCCGUAGGGAGACACAAUGGACACACGGGGGCGCUGGACGAGCUCACACUCAAACAUAUGGCCCAGGACUGCAGCUCAGUGAAAAACCAGCUGCUUACACUCAAGAGUUUAUUACAGAUGGAGGACGGUGGCCCAGAGGUUGUUGAGGGCGGUGAAGAGGAUAACAGCACGACCCUACAGUUGGAGGAGCUAAUGAAGGAGGUGUGGAAGCUCAGGGAGGAGCUGAGGAAUAAGGAGAGGACAAUCGCUCAGCUCACACUACAGCAACAGCAGCUACAGCAACAGGGGCAUCCUCAUGCUGCCCAGUCCGGGAGGGGUCACUGCCACAAGAGGACACAGUCACUCGGGGGGGACAGACGAACUCACCACGACAAAGCCACACAGACCUCUUGGAGAGGACAAGGACACAGCCAAGCGCCACAAAUACAGCCUUCCAGCCCCAGCCACCACGAGCACCUCACCCAAGAAAGACUAGUAAAAACAGCCCACACCGAGGGCCACAGUGACCCCCAGAGAGGGAGGAGGACCAGGGAAGAUGGAUCCCACUGCACAGACUCUGACCCACCCACUGGAAGCCUGGCCAUGGGUGUGGACACUCCACCAGUGCCUGACCCAGAUGAAUUGAGUGUGCUGCUUAGCACCCAGCUCAACAAACAUAUCAGAGAGUGGCCUGGAACCACCCCCAGUCCCACCCAGGGGCUUGCUGCAGCCAGCAGCCCAACCCCAAGAGCUCUGUCCAGGCCAGAGGGAGGGCAGCGAGCCUCUCCAUUGGGGCCACAGGGCCCUGGCUGCCCUCGCAUCCUGCAGCCGCCACGCCUCCACAAGCGUGUGUCCAUCCUGGCUCUGCCUCAGGGGGGCACUAAUGGCUCUCUUCUUCGAUCGGAGUCUUCAGCGCUGCUGGCCAACCACAGGACCAAGCAGCUGCCGCCUCCCUCCAGGGGCCUGCCCUGCUUCAAUUCUGGUCCCCAGGCGGUGAGCCCGUCUCUGGACCACGGGGUGCUCGCUAAGCCCCACGCUCUGGGGGUCAGGAGGGACCUUGGGAGAACCAGCCCUCCUAGCCCUAAUCUGGAAAUGCCAGACCUGGGACUGCUCAGAGCCAGAGUCUUGGUUCCCCCCAGCCACUCACGCAUCCCAAUGCCAAAGAUCCACUGAAGUGUUCACAUGAAUCAAACAUGACAUGUUAUAUACUGUAUAACAUCCCUCCUCUUCCACCUCCUCGUGGUUCCUGCUCACCAUGUGUGUGUCCAUAUGUGCAUGUGCCCACAGCUCCUUAUGGACAUUCAGGAACUGCCCUUAACUAUUGUUUGAACUUCUGCUGAACUGAACAGAAUAUGUAGCAUAGUCCUGUCUUAAAAUUUACGAAAUGCAAAGGUACAGUGCACAUCUAUUCAAAAUGGCACCUACAGGUUAUGACUGAGAUACACUGAAGGACUGUUUUAUCCUUUAUAAAAUGUCCAGUCACUUGCUAAGCAGCCUUUUAUUGCACAUUGUCUUAUGCAGAAAAAGAAUGACUAACAUUCAUAGUUUCUCUUUGCUAAUCUCUCACAUGUACUGUACAUGUUUUUUGAAAGAAUGUUCCACUCAACUCUACUCAAACUCACAUGGGUCCUUCCAUUGAAACUGCAGCACAUGGUUUGACUAUAGGCUUACAUGACCUCAGAAAUGUUAAAUUCCUCCCAGAGCGUAAAAAAUGAAUGAAAGAAAAAAAGCAGAUUGGGGAAAGAAAUAAGGAGUGGAGUUUUCUGCUUAAACAGGGAAAUGGGUUUAAAGAACAACCGUUCACUAGAAAGUUUAAAGUAUUUCCUCUAGAGUAUGUCCUUCCACUAAACUCCCUGAUGUACCUCUUUCAGACCAAGUAACAGGUACCACUAAACUCCCUGAUGUACCUCUUUCAGACCAAGUGACAGGUACCACUAAACUCCCUGAUGUACCUCUUUCAGACCAAGUGACAGGUACCACUAAACUCCCUGAUGUACCUCUUUCAGACCAAGUGACAGGUACCACUAAACUCCCUGAUGUACCUCUUUCAGACCAAGUGACAGGUACCACUAAACUCCCUGAUGUACCUCUUUCAGACCAAGUGACAGGCACCACUAAA